AUGGGCUGUGAAAUAAGUGUGGUUAAUUGCACCAUUCAACCUAUACGGAGUUUGUGCUCGUGAUUCGUCAAUUUUAUUUGAGGUACGUGAUUAUUAACUCACCCAAGGGAAAGAGGAGAACAUGCUUUACUUAAGCCGAGAUUCCCGCAAGACGUAUCCCCAUCAAACUAAACAUCGGAUAGAAUAGCAUUUCAACAUGGUAGCAGCACAGUUUGGUUCCGCUUCAGUGCACGAUCCGACGAAGCCGGUACAUGCUGGCCCGGAAGAUGGUUGGCAUGGCGUCGUAGCGCCAAGAUCACGCUUUGCCCCGGACUCUGGGAGGUACCAUCUCUAUAUUGGCUACUUUUGUCCCUUUGCGCACCGAGUCAAUUUGGUGCGAUAUUUGAAGGGACUUGAUUCAGCGAUCGACAUUUCCGUCGUUAAGGCAUAUCCAAAGGGAGAAAACGGCUGGCCUGGCUGGGCGUUCCCUGGAGCUAACGGUCCUGACGAUACAUACGAGGGGUCGACUCCGGACAAACUCUUCGGCUCGAAAUACCUGCACGAAGUCUACUUUAGAACCGACAAAGACUACAAGGGAAAGUAUAGUGUCCCUGCACUUUGGGACACUAAAGAAAACACCCUGGUGAAUAACGAGAGCUUGGAGAUGCUGCGAUGGAUGCAACGAGGAUUUGAUGAAAUAUUGCCCGAGAGGAGUCCGGAGAGAAAACUCACAUUGUACCCAGAGCAUUUGCAGGCGAAAAUCGACGAAGUUGGCGAAUGGUUGACGCGCGAUCUCAACAGUGGCGUUUACAAAGCGGGGUUUGCGAAGGACCAAGCCGCCUACGAGAAAGGUGUGAUACCUGUCUUCGCAGCGCUGAACCAGCUGGAACAAUUAAUCCACAAGAAUGGCGGGCCUUACGUACUCGGAAAGGCAAUCACGGAGUUAGACGUCCUGGCUUAUGCGACCGCUAUUCGAUUUGAUGUUGUGUAUGUGCAGCAUUUCAAAUGCAAUCUAGGCACUAUCCGUGGCAACUAUCCCGUUAUUCAUGAGUGGUUGAAAAACCUGUACUGGAAUGUCUGGGGAUUUAGCGAGACGACGAAUUUUAAGCACAUUAAGGAAAACUACACCAAAAGCCACCAUGAUAUCAACCCGCUCGCCAUUACACCCCUGGGUCCUUACCCGGAUGUUGAGGAGGGUGUGAACCUAGACUUCAGCAGUAUUAAGCCUGGAGUUAUAGCACAUCCAGCAGUUCUGGAACAGCAGAAAAACCUCCCUGCAGUUUAGACGAUGGUGAUUGGUUUCGGACGUCCGUGACACAUCUGUUGUGCUAUGCUGUGUUAUGCUUACUAAGGGAACGGAAUAGUAUAAGACUUGUGGUGGAUCCUCUGUCAAGCGCAUGUAGAAUCUCGACCUCUAGGACUCCUUGAAAGAUCUAAAUUCAAUCCAGCUAGCAUCAACUAGACACCUGAAUGGAGGACGUCACAAUCUAGUAAUGUGAGGGGUAGCAUGAGAUUCAUUACAUAUUUCAGAUUUGUCUUACAUUCUUAUCUAACCAGCCAUCUUUGAGUGGCCCGUUAUCUAUUAUGCGUCUUCCUAUGCCGGGAAGCUGAACCAGGGAGGUGCUGUAGGUAAUAAUGAUAAGGAAACCAUGCACCGCUUGCCAAGAAAUGACGAGGACACGCACGGUACUAGCUGAAGAUCGUCAUCAGGGGUAACUCCAAACUAGAUCUACCAUUUCAAGGUCCAAUGCCUUCUUCGGGGUACAUCUCUACAAACGCUUAUCUCUACUGACUCUCCGAACCCCCGCAAGCGGCACAAGAACGAUACGGUGAGAACCAAUGCCUACUUAGGUAGAUAGAUCUGAUGUGUUCAUCUACGAUAAGAAACACAAUGGA